ACAGUUAGGCAGGGACAUAGCAUGGCAAUUAAAUGUGACCAAAACAAGGUCAAAGAUAGCAAAGGUAUUUUCAUUUGGUAUAAGAUGAGUUUAGGAAAGUUGCCUCAGCAGGUUGUGAGAACAACUGAAGAUGGCACAAAACACAGAUUUGCUCCAGCAUUUGACAAUGGCCACUUCACUGUUGCUCUGGGUGAAGAAACGUUUGACCUCAACAUUAAUGAAGUCUCAGAAGAUGACAUUGGAACAUAUUUCUGUGGAACAGUGAAGGCAAAUGUUAUAGAGUUUGCAUGUGGGACCCUUCUGCUAUUUCAAGCUGAAAAGAUCAAGCGACAGCUUCAGACUGAAAUGGUUUUCAAGAACAGAGAAUAUUCUACAGUCCAGUGUUCACUACAUGUUGUUAAUGAGAGUUGCACAGAAGAACACAGUGUCUACUGGUUCAGACAUGGCUCAAACAAAUCUCACCCAGGAAUUAUUUACAGUCAUGGCAACAGGAGUGAUCAGUGUAAGACAGACUCUGAUGCUGGAUCUCUUACACGGACUUGUGUCUACAACCUUCCUAGGAGUUACACCAGACAUUCUGAUGGUGGAACUUAUUACUGUGCUGUGGCUGCAUGUGGGGAAUUACUCUUUGGAAAUGGAACUAAAGUUUAUGUUGAUGUUGAAGAAUAUAAUCUCUGGAUUGUUAUUGCACUGGCAACAUCCAGUAUAUUUAAUGUUAUUAUGGUAGUUUUGGUUGGAAUUCUAUUUAAAAAUCAACAGAAAGGUGCUUCCAAUUACAAUCAAACUCACAUAAAUCAGGCUGAGGACUUUGAUGUGUCAAAUUACACGGCUGUGAGAUUUACACAGAAACCUUUGCGAUAUCCAGAGUCAAAGACAGUCCAGAUGUUGAUAUACAGAUUAAAGUGAAGUGAAUAUCCAUCAAAAUCAUCACCAACAUGGACAUGUAUCUCCAAAUUUUAAGAAAGCUUAAUGAUGUGAGUCAAGUUCUUUGAAUGGUUCAUGUAAACAACUACAUUACAGCUUCAAACCUAGCUAUAAGGUAAAUAAACUUGUAGCCCAUUGUGAGAAACUGUUAUCAGGGAGUAACUAUCAUUUUAAGGAGCCUCAACUGUGGUAUGCAGAAGUGGUAUGCCAAAGUGUGCCUAGACUGCACAGAGAACUGAGGCUCAGCCAAAGAAGAAAUGUUGCUCUGUGAAAUCUUUACCAGAUAUUCAUGAAACCACACCCUGAAUGAACUCUGAUCUUACUUUUUGGUGCUUUGAUAUAUUGGAACAACUUUACUAAAACUAUAAAUUUUUACUACAUUGCACAAGUAAGUUUAAUAUGAGAUUAAUUUAAUGUGUGAGUACUUACCCAGUAAACCUAAAUAGCAAGCUAAAAAUCCAUGAUGUCAACUGAAACAUACAAGCAUAUCUGACAAUUUUUGCAACAUUCAGAAAACACUUGCAGUACUGUGUAUUUUUUGCUAAACACACUUUGCAAAUUAUUCUGCCUGUUAUUGUUGUUUUCACAGGUAAUGUGUUUUCUGAUAAAAUUUACACAAAGCAACAGAGGUAUGAUAUGAUGCGUAAAAUUCCCACAUUAGGGUCAAACAUUUGAUAAGGUUCAGUGUACUUCUAACUAACAUGCAAGAUGACCAACUAUAGCGUGUGAGCAGGUCAUCUGAGGCUGAGUCUACUACUUCUUAUCAUAAGAUAAAUGAACAUUAUCACCCACAUUAGAGAAAUACAGCUAAAAAAACACAUCUGAUUUUACCUUACUUUGUGGAGUGACAGAAAGGGUAGUCUGGCAAAACAAUCAUAUAGGAUCUUUUAAAAAUGGAGAAUAAUAUGAAUCAGCUACAAAUGUGGCCUGUGUACCUUUUGGCCAGUAAAUUUAUGUGAAGCGAUUUUAAUAACUACCAUUAUAUUUAGUUUUGGUUUAAUUUUCUUUUCUUGCCUUUCUCUAUUCACUACUAACCUACAUCCACAGUUUCACACACCAUUUUAAUAUUAAUUAUUAUAUCAACUAAUGCCAUCUAGCAGGCUUGAAGAGAUGGGUAAUUCAAUUUUAUUCCAGUUUAGGUGGGUCAGGGCUCUGACUCUAGUGUUAGCCAAAACCAAUCGUUAUUAGCAUAAUGUAGAAUAAAGCUUCAUUUUUACACUAGAUUGAUUCUACUAUUUACUUUCAAGAACAUCAUCAUAAAUACAACACUUCUAACCUCACUACAUCAUAACCUUAACCAGAAAAGUGAAUAAAUAAUAGGUUCACUGGAACAUUAACAUUAUAUGCGUAAUGGCAAUGGUGUAGGGGCUAGAGUCGCUAAACUGUCUAACAGCCUGUUGAUGGGAAGUAUCAUCUAUUUAUGCUAAGAAAAAUUAAUGUUCUACAGUAGUGUCUACAACGUAAACAUUAACAUGAACAUUACCCUUGUCAUUGUUUUGUGUGUCACCGUUGCAUCAAUCACAAGAAGUCUGCGAUUCAAAGACAAAAAGAAAAAAGGAGGUGGAGUUUAUUAGUUUGAAAUUGAGUUUGGCAGGGCAGUUGAUGCUACAUUUUGCCAUUUUUAGUCCUAGUGAGUGAAUUUGUGGUUAUAUUUUACAAUGGUUUUAUUCAAAGUUCACCUGGUAAUGUGAAUUUGGUAUUAGAAAAGUUGCAGGCCUAAUGAAAAAGCCCCAUAGCCAGAGUCUAGGCAGACCACUGGCUGUAUGGUUAGCAAUAUAUUUCAAAAUUAGUUAUAUGAGCAUGUUCAAACUGAGGUGGUGUGUCGGGAUGAAGUGUCGUCCCUUGAGGAGUUGAUUUGCAUGAUGAUUUGUUUCAACGAUAUUCUUAAAGUAUGACAAUAGAAGCCCAAUGUCCCACUUGCAAGAGCUCUGGAGUUAGUAUUUCCUCUGAUAGUGAUCUAUUUAAUUCCUCAUUAUUCUGCCUUUAUUUUCAUCUUUUACCUCAACACAGGUUACAUUUCAUU